GGGUUCAACCGUGUGUCCGUGCGUGUGCGUGAGCGCGCCGCGGACCGGGUUAAGCCGCUCGGUUACGCGGCGUGCUGGUGUGAAAAGGAGGACGUUCUGGAGGUGUGACAAGGAGCGACUCGGUACAUUUCUUCCCUGAGCGGAAACUCCGCUUUGUGUGUUUGCGGCAAAACCUGCUCGAGCGCUCUUCGCUGCGGAGAAAUCCGGAGUGGAUCAACCCGACGGACGAGAAUGAGGUCUCGUGUGCGCAGGACGAGUCCCUUUUGACGAUGGCUCAGCAAAGGGCCCCUGUGAAUAUGCUACCGCCCGUGGUUAUGGUUGCACCAGUAAGCUGUCAGGAAUGUCCUCCUUCCGCCUAUGACAUGGUUUAACCCACGUACGACCCCGGUCACCGUGAUGGCCUCCAUGGUUGCCAACGGAAACCCCGAUGGGCAGGCUCUGGUCUUAAAAGGGGUGGAUCCAGAGACCUGCAUGAUUGUGUUCAGGAACCACUGGUCUCAGGUGGUGAAGAUCCUAGAAAAGCAUGACCCCCUGCGCAGCAGCUCCGCCCUGUCCUCCCUCAGUGUCAUCAACCUCAGCUCCGGCGCGAGCGGGGCCCCUCGUUUCGGCCCCAUCCCCGGAGACGAGGCGAGCGCCGUGCAGAACUACGUGGAGCACAUGCUGUUCCUCCUGAUGGAGGAGGAGAGCGGUCAGGUCGGCGCCAUGGGCCCCAUCCUGGAGUUUGUGGUGAUGGAGAACGUGAUGGAGCGUCUCUUCGUGUGGAGCCUCCGCCGGGAGUUCACGGACGACAUGAAACUGGAGCAGCUCAAGAUGUACGAGAUGCUGGUGGGUCAGGCCCGCCAGCCCCUGCUGCACCACAAGCCCAUCCUGCGGCCGCUCAUGAUGCUGCUGUCGUCCUGCUCGGGCGCCGCGGCGCCGCAGGUGGAAGCCCAGUUGGUGCUGCUGCUCAACCUGCUGUGCUGCGUUCUGGCGAAGGACCCCUCGAUCCUGGAGCUGUUUUUCCACACCAGCGAGGAUCAGGGAGCCACCAACUUCCUCAUCUUCUCCCUGCUCAUCCCCUUCAUCCACAGGGAGGGCACGGUGGGCCAGCAAGCCAGGGACGCGCUGCUGCUCAUCAUGUCGCUGUCUGCUGAGAACGAGCGAGUGGCCAAACACGUCUCACAGAACACCUACUUCUGUCCGGUUCUGGCCACAGGGCUGAGCGGCCUGUACUCGUCCCUGCCCGCCAAGCUGGAGGUUCCCAGUGCAGAAUGGCACUGCCUGCACAAACAGGACUGGCUCCAAAUGCCGUCCCUCGUCCAGUUCCUCAACUCGCUGGAGUUCUGCAACGCUGUGAUUCAGGUGGCCCACCCGGAUAUCAGAGACCAGCUGGUUAGCUACAUCUACAAGGGGUUCCUCGUGCCUGUCCUAGCACCUGCUCUCCACAAGUUCACCCUGGAAGAAGUGAUGACCACCACAGCAUACCUCGACCUCUUCCUCAGGACCGUGUCUGAGCCGGCGCUGCUGCAGACUUUCCUCUCUUUUAUCCUGCUGCACCGACAUGAGAGCGUCCACAUUUUAGACACUCUGGUCAGCCGCAUCAACACGCCGUUCCAGCUGGGCACCGUGUCUCUGGCCCUUUUCCGCACUCUCAUUGGCUUAUACUGCGAAGAUGUGAUGCUGCAGCUCGUGUUGAGGUACCUGAUCCCCUGUAAUCACAUGAUGUUGAGUCAGAGGCGCGUUGUCGGCGAGAGGGACUGCUACUCUGUGUCAGCGGCCAAGAUCCUGGCAUUAACGCCGUCCUGCUGCUCUCCCGAUCACAGCCCCCCGCCUCUCCGACAGCUGGAAUCCAUCCUGUUCUCCAAAGGUUCAAAGACUCCCAACAGCACCAGCGCCUCGGAGGAAAUGGAGAAGUUCUCGGAGGACGACGACGGCACGGGCCACUCCUGCACCAUCGGCUCAGAACUCUUCCUUGACGUCAGUUAUCUUCAUUACCUCUACGACGCCCGUCAGAGCAUCGGCAGCUGCUUGCAGGCCUGCCGGGUUUGGUCGGCUCCGUACGACGGCGAGGACCCGCCCCCCGAGAAGUACCAACCCGGCGUCCUGGAGGAGCCCGGCCUGAAGGGUCGGCAGAACCAGGCGGCCGUCAAGCGCGUUCCACAACCGCCGCCGCCGCCUCGGCCCUGCACUCCUUCGCUCAGGGCGGAGCCCUCCUCCGUCGGCCAGCAGGAGCUGGAGUGGGACGACAGCUACGACGCGUGCCCGGUGCAGACCGGCGGCGCCCCCGCGGAGGCUGAACGUCCGCGGCGGCCUCCCGACGAGCCCCCGGCGCACAUCCAGGAGAUGAGGAAGACGGCCACCAUGCUCGUGCAAGGCGCGUACAUCGAGGAAAACGAGUUCCUGGACGACGUCAUGGUGUACGAUCUCGUCGCCAAGAAGGACACCAGAGAUGCCGAAGGCGGUGAACGGACCCAUCCGGGGGCAGCGGAGGUCCGCCUGCAAAACGGACUCAGUUUAACACUCCCACCCUCCGCGAUGGCGGAUAAAGACCCCUUGGACGCAAAGUCCAAAGGUGAGACGGAAUGUAAUUCCCACCCCCAAAACAGCGCGGGCGGCGAGUCGGGCGACGACCUUUUGGCUCAGUAUGAGGAGCUCAUUCGUGCGUUGGACACUAAAACCGGGGGAAAAGCGGUCAGAGCUGACGGAGAGCCAAAGAAGCCGGUCACACCCGCGGAGGAGGACGAGGAGGAGAUGGACUUCACCUCUUUCUCUGCCGAGACACCGGAGCCGGAGAAAGUGCAUUCACCAUUUGGGGCCAGAUUCGUCGGCGGAAGUGCGGCGAGAAAGCAGUCGGUGCCUUUUACCGGUCCAUUCGUCAGUGUGCUACUGUCUCGCCUGGAGAACAUGCAGAGCAACUCGCUCCACGUCAACCUGCUGUUGACGGGCAUCCUGGCCCAGUUGGCGGCGUACCCUCAGCCCCUCCUGCGCUCCUUCCUCCUCAACACAAACUUGGUGUUUCAGCCCACCGUUCGCUCCCUUUACCAGGUUCUGGCCGUGGUGAAGAACCAGAUAGAGGAGCAGGCUGCCAGCAGGAAAGACUUCCCAGAGCUGAUCACCGCCGCACAGCACUGGCUGCUGGCCAGGGAGACGUCCUUUGUAGCUGCAGGCGAAAGCAGAAGCUCCACCCACGGCGAGGCGCGAGGCACGCUGAAGAGCUCGCCGCCACCCAAACACAAAGCCAUCUCUCUGGACCGGACAGAAGUCUUCGGCACCGUCCUCUUCACGGAGUUCCUCAAGGAGCUGGCUGCUAUUGCACAAGAGCACUCCGUCUUAUCGUAUAUUCCUAUGGAAGAGUGAUCGCGUCCCAGCAGACACCAGUUUAACCCCGAGAGACUCAUAGAUUUUUUUUUUUUUCAAGCAAUGCAUUUCUGGACUUUUUCAGGCAAUAUAUAAUGAGAAAAUUGUAAUGUAUACAACUAUAUAAAAAAAAAUACCAAGCAAAGAUAAUCAAUUUUAAUACUUUUUAUUUAAUCUUUCUAGUCCUUUAAAGUUCUCUUAGAGAGCCAAGAAGGAGGCAGCAAACUUUCGAUGGAGAAAGCUUCAGGUCCACCAACCAAAGAUUCAAUCAAUCCCAUCAAGCCCUUAUCUGAACAAUCUGCUCAAUACUCUGGUUCAGAGAGCUGUUGCCUCUUUGCUGUAGAAUUAGAAACCAUAUCUGAGCCCCACGUGGAGCCCGUGCUGCUUUCAGGGGGCCUUUGAGUUAACAGAACUAAAAUGCAACGCUGUAGUCAGCUGGCAGCGGCGUCGACGACAUCAUCGCACAUCAGAACUUCUUAUGUAAACCUCGUUUUUGUUUUUGAACUUUGGUGUUUCCACGCAUUUGUGUGUGUUAGAUUUGUUUUCAUUCAUACCUCAGGAGUCGUUUUACGGCGCGUUCUCAAUCAGCCUUUGGGUGAAGCGGUUUUUCUACAAUGUACUAGUUUCUCUCAUCAAUGGGCUCCAUAUCUUCUCCGGACCGGACCUCCUGAACCAGAAUUGUCCUCGCUUUAUUAUAUCUGCCUUAUUUUAGUAAUGCUUUGUGAUGUACAUAUUGAAAGUAAAAAAAAGGUCUAAUGACACGGGACACUAUGCAAAUCAAGGAUAUUUUGGGUAUAAUUACAUGUUUUCAGAAGGUGAAGGGCUAUUUAAGAGUUUCUAUCGCCAUAUAUUUUUUCACGUGGUAACACUACAGACUAGUUUUUAUGGUUAGUCAUUUUCUAUUUGGGGAUUGUGUAGGGUUUUGUAGUUGUAACAUGUCUCGUAUCACUGCUAGAAGAGUCGUAGUUUUGCAUCUGUUGAAAUGUGUCUCUCAUUGUAACGGUAACAGAGGGCGAAACUGUGGAGCAUCGCCUUUAUUUUAGUCCUGGUAUUUCAGUGUCGUUAAUGAGAUAAUACAAAUUAUGCCUCUGCUGUCCAAACUAAUGUAUUUCAAUUAGUUCACAUUAAUGCCUGAUUUCAAAUGGGUUUUCACAGGAACGUAUUUGUGCAUUAUUAAGUUAAGUGUAAAGGAAAGAGCGACAUUCAACAUAUUUUGUUUUGUCUCAUUAUUCCGCCACAGAAGACUGAUUGAAACAAAAAUAUCAUUUCUUUUAAAACUACUUUUCUAGGGAUAGAAAAAAAAUCCAACUCCAUCCACAACAUGACCUAAAUGAGUCUGGGAAAUCUAAUAAUAUUAUAAUUCAAUUGAAUGCAGAAACAUAUCAGAAAUGAUUAGAACGCUUUUUCACAGCUCCAUUAUCACAGAGAUAAUGGACCGCUUUGACAAAAUCUAACAGUAAAUUAUUAAGACACGUGUUGGUUUUAUAAAACAUCAUCUACGUCUUUUUAAUAAGACAAAGAACUGAGUUCAACAUGAUUCUUCAAUCUGGAUAAUGUGUUUUUUCCCAUUUCAAUCCAUUCAAUUUUACUUGGAAUAUUUCAUGCAGUUACAUUUUUUUCUGUACUCGUAUUGUUUGUACAAAAAGGUCUUGGGAUUGUAUAUUUAUAUCAAUCACAGGCAUUUUCAGGCUGGUUCAAUAAGUAUUUCUCUCUGGUAAGAGAAUGUUGCUGAGCACUCAGCGCUUUUCAUACCAGUGUCACUAAGAACUCGUCUACCAGCACAGAUUCAUUCAGCACAUUGUGGAAUAAAGACUGGAAUCAUUA